CUCCCACCUCCCCGUCGUCCCCUCCCUUGCUUUUCUAGCUCGUCGCAUCGUUUAGCACCACAGCCAAUACCUCUCCGCUCGCCUCCCAACCAUACCUGGAUUCCAGCAAGAUAUAUUAGUCACGAAGAAAAAAUAUGUCUCGACCGAAAAGAAUCGACGUAACCAUCCCAUGUACCGAGUGAAGAAUUAUUAACGGAAUAUCACCGGAGAAGAACACUGCGUGUGUUCCAGAGGCGUUCGCUGCUCGAGUGAGCACCUUUUGGUUCGGGGCGCGCACACGCACGGAGCUGAGCAGAGAUGGGCGCUUGGACGCUGAUGCUGUGCCUCCUCGCCAUUGUGAGAGGCAACCUGGGGGCAGAUACUGAGGAGCGGUUGGUGGAGCACCUGCUAAACCCCGCCCACUACAACAAACUGAUCCGCCCAGCAACCAAUGGUUCCGAACUUGUGACAGUUCAGCUAAUGGUGUCUUUGGCCCAGCUUAUCAGUGUGCAUGAGAGAGAGCAGAUCAUGACCACAAACGUAUGGCUCACACAGGAAUGGCAGGACUACCGUCUGACAUGGAUCCCUGAGGAGUUUGAUGGUAUGGAGAAGGUCAGAUUGCCCUCCAAACACAUCUGGCUGCCAGACGUUGUGCUGUAUAACAACGCUGAUGGGAUGUAUGAGGUGUCCUUCUACUCCAACGCUGUGGUCUCCCAUGACGGCAGCAUCUUCUGGCUGCCACCGGCCAUCUACAAGUCGGCCUGCAAGAUUGAAGUGAAGCACUUCCCCUUCGACCAGCAAAACUGCACCAUGAGGUUCCGCUCCUGGACCUACGACCGCACCGAGAUCGACCUCAUCCUCAGGUCCGACGUGGCCAGCAUGGACGACUUCACGCCCAGCGGAGAGUGGGACAUCAUCGCCCUGCCGGGACGACGGAACGAGAACCCGGCCGACCCCACCUACGUAGACAUCACCUACGACUUCAUCAUCCGCAGGAAACCUCUGUUCUACACCAUCAACCUCAUCAUCCCCUGCGUCCUCAUCACCUCGCUGGCCAUCCUGGUCUUCUACCUGCCCUCCGACUGCGGCGAGAAGAUGACCCUGUGCAUCUCCGUCCUCCUGGCCCUCACCGUCUUCCUCCUGCUCAUCUCCAAGAUCGUCCCCCCCACCUCGCUGGACGUGCCCCUGGUGGGGAAGUACCUGAUGUUCACCAUGGUCCUGGUGACCUUCUCCAUUGUCACCAGCGUGUGUGUCCUCAACGUGCACCACCGCUCGCCCACCACGCACACCAUGCCGCCCUGGGUCAAGCUGGUGUUCCUCAACAAGCUGCCGGCGCUGCUCUUCAUGCGGCAGCCCCGGAACAGCUGCGAGCGCCAGAAGCUGCGCCAGCAGCGGAGGGGACAGGAGCGGAGGGAGGGCGGCCGGGACGGGGGCUCCGCCGGGGGCCUGAUGGUGGGCCUGGGGCUCGGGGGAGGAGGGGGCGGCGUGGUGGGCCUCGGGAAGGAAAACGACGACCCCUGCACGUGUUACGUGAACCGAGCGUCCGUGAAGCAGUUCGGCGGGGAGCUGGGAGGAGGCGCGGGGGGAGGAGCCGGAGGGGGGUCGACGGACGGACUGAACGGGCUGCGGGAGGGCCGGGACGGGAACAGGAUGGGGGGGAAACAGGGAGGAGGCGGACCAGCUCUGACCCAGACCCUGCUGGGACAGGCCUGCCCGGGGUUCGAGGAGGCUGUUGAUGGGGUCCGCUUCAUCGCCAAUCACAUGAAGAGUGAAGAUGACGACCAGAGCGUGAGCGAGGACUGGAAGUACGUUGCCAUGGUGAUCGACCGCCUGUUCCUCUGGAUCUUUAUAAUCGUGUGUGUGUCCGGUACCGUCGGGAUGUUCCUCCAGCCGCUGUUCCAAAACUACACCGCCAAGACCAUCACCAACACCAAUGGCUGACGGUUCAGGUGUCCCGCAGACUCAGUGGACACUGCCCCCACCCAAUCAGCACAGAAGGACAGGGACAGGAGGGAGGGACCUGCCCAGCGGGGGGCGGGAAGUGGGUUUUAAUAAGUCUGUGGAACUGAAUUAGACUGCAGCCACACCCAUUUACCUUUAUAGACUGUUUACUGAACUGCUCAGAAGAACUAAACUCAACACCAACAAAUGUAUUAAAGACACUUGUUUCCAGAGUAGAGAUGAAUGGAUGGAAGGAUCUUCCCUUUUUCCUAGAGGAAGGUGAAGAUAUUCCUCUGCUCUCUCCCUCUGAGUGACAAGCGGCAGAAGCCAAUCAGGGAGAGGGCACUCUGGUUGACUUCCUGUAGAUUGCUGUGCCAGCCAAUCAAUGCUCUUCAUUCCAAGCUUACUGAAGUGCAAGCUUACUGAAGUCUAUUGUCCCACCGCCAACUGCUAUAGAACCUACUGCUUUUCUAAAGGAACCUUGACUGGUGACUGCCAACCAACCAGGGAAGGGGACAGGAAAAUGAGGAGUGGUCAAGGUUCAUCAUAGUUUUUUCCUAGCCACUUCUCUUCAGGUCUAAUAGUACAGUAGGCCUUUAUUUUACAGUAGCAUAGCAGCUUAACACAGGAUAAAGUAGCUUUGACUAUAACAAUAAUGCUAUUUCUCUGUGUCUGUUUCUGAUAGAGCGGUAUGGUGCAGUGCUAUUGUCAUAUGAUUAUAUCAAAAAAUCUUUUUUUAAAGAAUGUGAUAUUACCUGUACUACACAGCCUGUGAUUCACACACUAACACUAUAAGCGAAGGAGGGGAACAACUGAUGAGACUGAGUCGUUUAAUAGAGUGUGAUAAGGUGUAUGGCUGGACAUAUCUGUUGAGAUAGGAGCAGCUGUGCAGCCAGGUCAUUGACAUCAGUUGCAAUGAACAGAGUUUAAAUUCAAUCAGUUUGUGGGAAACUAAGGCCGAAUUAAGUGCAGAUGGAGUAGAUCAUCUCCUUUUAGAGAGGACCCUCAUGGACAUUUAAUUAGUGCUAUAAAUAGUGGCAAAUGGCCGUGUUUAGCUGAGCUGGAGUAAAUCACCUUGUAGAUUGGAGCCGUGUUGGCAGAAAGACAGGUAUUGGGAUAAAUAACCAACAUUUAACCGGAAUCAAUAGGAAUAAUGACAUCUGCUCCUGAAACAGAAGCCUCUGUGUGUUGUGAAUAUGCACUUGCACACAUUUUCAAUCUGUAAUUUCUAUAAUUCUUGUCAUCAAAGACCUUGUGUCCCUCUUCCCUCAGCGUCGUGGAAGGACUCCCAGGGCACACACCUUCUGUAGUUAUUACAGUAACGGGCCCAGUUCAUUUCCUAAUGUCCAGUGUGUGUGUUCGGUAUUGCCUGCUGCAUUAUCACAUCUGUCGGAUGCAGUGUGCCAGAGAGUGUAAUUCCCUCACCGUUUAACCUCCCCCGCCCUCUCCCCCUCGUCCUCCCUCUCCCUGGAUCACAGUCCGUGAUUAUGAUAAUAACCAGCCCGCCUCCGUGUCGAAGAACAGCUAACACAAUAUACCUCCAUAGCUAGGUGUUAGCUGCCAUCCUGGGUGAUACCCUUCUAUGACCUUAUGGAAGUCUGUGGGACACACAGGCUUUUCACAGUGGGAUAGACCAGGAUUACCCUGGAUAUUCCCAGGGGAACCCCAGGACGUUCCCAGGAGUGUGAAGAGUCUUGCUGUUGAAUCCUGAGGAGUAGGGAGCUGUUCCCUUUCCCACUUAAGGGCUUGGCUGUAGAGCUGUGGCGCAGUGCUUUACGUCCCCUGUCUUUGUCCCUUUCUCUCUCUUCACUAUGUCCUUCUGUCUCCCUCACUCCCUCUCUCUCUCCCUCCUGCCUCCCUCCCUACUCCCAGUUUGUGCUGUGUCUCUCGCUUUGUCUGUACUCCUGUCUCACUCCUCCCUCCUUCCUGUCUGUCCCCCUGUCUCACUCCUCCCUCCUUC